CUCGUUUCAAAUCUCGCCUCAGCCGCUCCGGCCGACCAGCCGCAGCCAGCCAGCCAGACGGGCGGACGGGCGAGGAAGCGAGCCGGAAAAGCAGCGAACGUGAGCCUCCGUCGAGCCCCGGUCCGGCGGGGCGGGCGGCAUGAAGAGGGGCGAUCCCCGCCCGCGACGACUCCGACCACGACGGCCAAAAAGGCGGCGGCGGCGACUGCGGCGGGUAGGCCCCGCCGCGGCGUUGUUAUGGAAACGGGCGGCGACGGCGGCCGCCGAGGGACAGAAAGGUUGCCCGAGCGGCGCCUGAGGCGCGCCGAGCGCGAGCGGCUCCCGCCGCCGCCUCCUCCUCCUCCGCCGUUUCUGAGGGGCGCCUCGGCCGCCAUGGAAGGCCGGCCGGUGGGUCGCCCGAGCCGGGCCUCUCCACCGGCCAAAGCCGCCUUGGCUUCCCCUCCUCGCUACCGCCUGGUGUCGGAAAUCGGGCGCGGGGCCUACGGCGUGGUCUACGAGGCGGUGUCGGGCCGCAGCGGCGCCCGCCUGGCCGUCAAGCGGCUGCGUUGCGACGCUCCCGAGAACGUGGAGCUGGCCCUGGCCGAGUUCUGGGCCCUGACCAGCCUCCGCCGCCACCACCCCAACGUGGUGCGCUUCGAGGAGUGCGUCCUGCAGCGCGACGGGCUCGGGCAGCGCAUGAGCCACGGCAACAAGCAGAGCGCGCUCUACCUCCGCCUGGUCGAGACCUCCCUCAAGGGCGAGAGGAUUCUGGGUUACGCCGAAGAGCCCUGUUACCUGUGGUUCGUCAUGGAGUACUGCGAAGGGGGAGACCUGAACCAGUACAUUCUUUCCCGCAGGCCCGACCCGGCCACCAACAAGAGUUUCAUGCUCCAGCUGACCAGCGCCAUUGCGUUCCUGCACAAAAACCACAUCGUGCACCGAGACCUGAAGCCGGACAAUAUCCUGAUCACCGAGCAGUCGGGAGCUCCGGUUCUCAAAGUCGCCGACUUUGGGCUGAGCAAAGUGUGCGCGGGAUUGACCGCCCGAGGCAAGGGCGGCGGCGGCGAUGGCGACGACGACAAAAAUGUGAAUGUGAACAAGUACUGGUUGUCCUCGGCUUGCGGUUCGGAUUUCUACAUGGCCCCCGAAGUGUGGGAGGGACACUACACGGCCAAGGCGGACAUCUUUGCGCUGGGCAUCAUUAUCUGGGCCAUGAUCGAGCGGAUCACCUUCAUCGACGCCGAGACCAAGAAGGAACUCUUGGGGACUUACGUCAAGCAGGGGGGCGAGAUCGUACCCGUCGGGGAAGCUCUGCUAGAGAACCCAAAGAUGGAGCUGCACAUUCCUCAGAAACGCAGGACUUCCAUGUCUGAAGGGAUCAAGCAGCUCCUGAAAGACAUGCUGGCUGCUAACCCACAGGAUCGACCCGAUGCCUUUGAGCUUGAAUCCAGAAUGGACCAGGUUACUUGUGCUGCUUAAACUCAGGUCAACGUCUCGGUGGGCUCUGAAAACAGGGAAUUUUUUUUUACAGGGACCGAGAGUCUCCCCGACGGACAGACAAACUGAAGAAGCGACUAACACGGACACCCAAGUUCUCUCUGGUCACCGCGAAACUUUUGAGACUCGUCCGGAGAGCCCCCAGGAGAUUCAAGGCGGGCAGGAGCUGCUCUGCGACCUACUUCAUUAUAAGAUUAUUAAAUCCUCUCUUCUUUUUUUUUUUUACAUUUCCCCUUCCUUUCCCCCCCCCCCCCCCCCCCCCCCCCGCCAGCUCACCUUUGCUUAUUCAUUCGAUCUGUGCAGUUCUUCUGGAAUUCCUCUUUCACUCAAAAUACUGAAAGAAAGAGAGAAAAAAUCGCCCCAGCAAAUAAUUUUCUGUUGCUGCUACUGUUAAGGACCAGAAUUCUGGGACAAAAUGUACAUGAGGUUUUGGAUUUCCCCCUCCUCCGUCUCCUAAUGUUGUUGAACAGGGUGAUAUUUUGUUGGAGAGUAGGAAGAUCUGUGAAGAUUUUAUUUUAUUUUUUUGUUUCUGGUUGCUGCUGCUUAGCCCCUAAAGCUAGAAACACAGUUGAACACAUAAUUCUCCUGCUCCCCUUUUUUUGUCAAAACAACCUAGAUCGGGGGGGGGGGGGGACCUAAAAUAUGUGAUAUAUCAGAUAGGGAUAUUUAAGGCAGACACACACACACACACACACCUUUCCAGUUGGCUGCUGGGUUAGAAACCCACAUCUAACUCAUCACAGCAGCUGGUGUUUGUGUACCAAAUUUUACAGAAAAGUGUUUAG